GUCUGAGUGCAAUCACGAACACCGCCUCGCAUGCUCAGCCGGCCCGAUUCGCCCAGUCGACCACCAUUCAUCCUGUCGACGUCCCUUUCGAUGAGCAUCAGGGCAACCAACGACCUUGUUGCACUUCCCAUCGCUGCAGUGUGCCGUUCGCUCUGCACGCCUGUACUCCAGAUCAGCAGUCGCUAAUCGCGUCACGCUUCCACGUUUCGAGUGUGAGACCGCCAGGGGUCCACCGCUAUCUGCUGCCCGCUCUCACUUACUCUAGCAAGAAGAGCUGCAACCCAACUCUCGAUUUAAGAUGGCAUCUGCUUCGAUUUACUACAAGUUCAAGUCGGCAAGGGCGCCCAGUCGGAUCACCUUUGAUGGGGUGGGAAUGAGCGUGUGGGACCUCAAGAGGGAGAUCAUGCUUCAGAACCGAAUGGGCAAGGGAACAGACUUUGAUCUCGUCAUCGCCAGUACAGAAACGGAUGAGGAGUACAAAGACGAUGUGAUCUUGCCCAGAGCCACCUCUGUCCUCGCUAAACGUGUUCCGCCCGCAAGAGCUGGCAAGGGCACGGCUGCUCAGUACGUCGCCGACGUCGCUGCUGGUCCAUCCGCAGCGCCAGGUCAAGGUGGUAGGGAUGACCGCUUUUCUCAACCCAACGCUUCUGGUGUUGCGUCCAAGCCCAUCCGAGGUGUAGGUGGCAUGCUUAGCAAAAGGUUUGAUGGCAAGGACGACAAAAGCACAUCUGAGGAUCCCACUGUUGGCGGGGGGUCGUCGCUCGGCGUUCUGGCCGAGGGCGGAGACGAAGAAGCACGCAACAUCGCCGCGAUGUUCCAAGCUUCCACGGAAGCGUGGGACGAGACACAAGAACGAAUGCAACAUGCAACGUAUCGAGAACGCGGUGGCGCACCACGAAGAGGAGGUCCUCCUCGGGCUUUCACGAGCGCCAACAGCUCUCACAUUGCUGGCCCAGACCGGCCACCGCCCAUCGGCUACAUCUGCUUCCGGUGCGGCACGAAAGGUCAUUGGAUUCAUGAUUGUCCCACCAAUAAUGAUCGCGAAUGGGAUAACAAGCCGAGGUUUAAGCGUACCACGGGUAUUCCGAGGAGUAUGCUUCGCAAAGUCGAGGUGCCGGAGGGAGCCUCUGCAGCUGAGGGCGGUGCUGUGCCGAUGGUGACAGCAGAUGGUGACUACGUCAUCGCGCAGGUAGACAAUGCUACUUGGGAGCGCGCUAGAGCGCAGAGAAAGCCACUCGGUAGAAGCGACGUCUUCAGCAGUGUACCUCAGGACGCGAGUCUGGCGUGUCCGAUCUGCAGCAAGCUUCUCAAGAGAGCAGUCAAGACACCCUGCUGCAGCACACGCUACUGUGAGGACUGUAUUCAGACGUAUUUGCUCGAGCACGAUUUCGCAUGUGCGGAGUGCGAUAGGCGCAUUGCGGAUCUGACGAGGUUGGCUGCGGACGACGAGAAAAGGGAAGCAGUGGAAGCCUAUGUCGCCGCUCAGCUUGCUAAAAGCGAGAGCGAGAGAGCUGAGGGCGUCAAUGCUUUGGAAAAUUUGCCGCAAGCUCAAGUCGCUGAGCUCAAGGCGGCCAGAUCCAACAAGACUGGAGCUAGUGCGUCUGCGCGUGAUGAGGCGGGCGUAGAGGCAGCCGAAGUGCCCGAGGCAAAUGCAGCGGAAUCCACCACCGAGGAGACGAAGGAAGGCUCAGAGGAGAAAGUCAAGGAGCAGGUUUCGGAGAAUGCGCAUGGUGCCGAUGACGCAGAGAAGGCAAGGUCCAUCAAUGACUCCCCACCGAGAGAAGACGUGGUGGCUUUAGAAGAGCCAGAGCCUGUCAAGGACAUCAUUCCCACCACUGCCCAGUGGAACCCUCGGCCGGUGCAGCAGACAUUGAUGAUGCUGACUAAUGCUGCACUGCCCCCUCCGAUGAGGAUGCAACUGCAAAUGCAGCUACAACUUCUUCAGAUGCAUUUCAUGAAGAUUCUGAAAGGAGGUGGGGAGGCGCAAAGUCAGACGCAACAAUUACAGCAGCACAUGCCAAAUCAAAACAUUAUGGGUAUGAACAUGAACCAGAUGCGGGCGAAUGGCUUCCCUCCCGGCUUUGCUGCCAACAACGGCAUGUCGAUGGGCUUCGGCGCUAUGAUGGGUAUGAACGGAAUGAAUAACCCUCAAGCGAUGCAGCAGAUGCAGAGCAUGGGGAUGGGCGUAGGUAUGCAUAUGGGCAACAUGAACCACAUGGCAUUCAAUCAUCCAGCGAUGCGAAUGCACACGGGGAUGGGCAUGCCAAUGGGGAUGGGGAACGUGCAAGGAAAUGUCGGGAAUCUCUGGCAAGCCAACCAGAUGCAGCAGCAGCAACAUGCUCAACAGGGAUAUGCACAACAGCCGAUAGGAGGUGCUGGCAGCGCAUACAUGAGGGCGCCGGUCAAUGGGAAUGAUGCUGGUCGACAAUCGGGAAACAAGAGAGAGAGACCGAUGGACUUCCACGAGCUUGGAGGAGGCGGUGUAGGAGGGCCUGGGCCGGACAGCAAACAAGCUCGUAUGGAAUAGGCGUGAUUGACGAGCCUACCCUGACCUCGCUCGUCGCAAUGCUUGCGGUGAUGGCACAACUGCACGCCUGAACUUGCUUUGUAAUCGCAAAAAUGUAUUAGUCAAUCCAACAGCAGCAUCACGCCGUUCAAG